AUGGAUAUUGUCAAAGCCAAAAUCCCAGGACCCGACUGCCUCGAGCCAAAUCAGUACAUCGAGGCAUUUACAACCGACCCUAGGCGAGUGGCUCUGACAGUUCAGCCCGGAACUCCAGAUGAAUCGGGGCCAACCCAAAGCCACAUGGGAGGAACUUGCGAUGCUGGGUGGAUCCUUCUCCCGGAUGAUGUAUGA